AUGCCGUUUGGACUGACGAAUGCGCCUGCUGCAUUCGUGGUUGUGUUUAUUAACGACAUAUUGAUUUAUUCAAAGAGUCCCGAGGAGCAUGAGGAUCAUUCAAGGAUAGUACUUCGGGUUUUGAGGGAAAGGAGGUUGUAUACUAAAUUUAAGAAGUGUGAGUUCUGGCUGGAACAUGUGGCAUUUCUUGGGCAUGUGAUAUGUAGGGGUGGUCUUUCUGUGGAUCCAAACAAAAUUGAGGCAAUAAUGGAUUGGGUAAGACCAAAGAACGUCCAUAAGGACAAGAGCUUUUUGGGUUUGGCAGGGUAUUACCAUCGGUUCGUAGAAGGUUUUUCUAAGCUAUCAAACCCUCUGAUAAAGUUAACCAAGAAGAAUGUGAGAUAUGAAUGGACAUAUGAGUGUGAACAAAGUUUCCAAGAGUUUAAGCAGCGACUUAUUGCUGCACCGGUAUUGAUAGUUCCUUCGGGAGAAGGGGGUUUUGUAGUCUAUAGUGAUACGUCUUAUAAAGUCUUGGCAGUAGUAGCUCAACAGCAGAUCAGGAUGGAUCUGGAAAGGCUUGGCAUGGAAUUUGUGGAAGGUAACCAUAAGGGGUUCAUUACAAGUUUGGUUGUUCAACUGACCUUGCAAGAAAGAAUUAAAACUGCUCAGAUGAAAGACGUGGAGCUGGUAAAAAUUAUGGAGGAAGUACAAAGCGGGUAA